AUUCUUUAUUGAACCGGAAUGCUACCCAUGGAAUUAUGUGUUUCAUUAUUCCCUUCACUAGAGCUGCUUCCCAGCUUCAUUUCCUAGGGAAGAUCAUACACCGAUAAAUAGGGGAUUAUGACGCCAGUUUCAGCGCACGGGGACCAACAAGCCUUCCAAGGUUACUUAAGUCGGAACACGCACCCGCGCCUUUCCAGCCCAAACACGAAGAAUACAACCACCAAACAGGCAUCUCAGAAGCAGGCGUGAUUGAACAUGAAGGUCAAACCAUCAAAUGCUGCAUGCGCCCCAAAGCGCAAAGCUCUCGGAGAUGCUAGUAGUCGUGCGAACCAGUCGCCUGCAAAGGUGACUACGAAACGUUCAUCAGCUAGCAAGGAGAACGAGCAGAGGAAGCAAAGCUAUGAAGAAUUCGCGGCCUUUACUAGACGUAUGUUUGAGGAGGCACAGAGUUUCGGACCGCCGCCGACCGUUGCACCCAGGAAUAUCAAACGGCCGAAGGCAAGGGGUACCGGGACGAGUAGUACAUCUAGCAAGAAAGGCAAGGCGGAAAUCUCUCUGGAAGCCGAAAUUGCGUUAUACACGCAGAACCUCAACGUCGUUCUUGACCCGGAUUCCUUUAAAGAUCAGCCGAUGCCUAGUUGCCAAGCCGUACGCAAUCAUAUCAACAAGCUGCUCGACGCCGGGAUUAUGACGAAGGCUGAGUUCGCUAAGGCUAUUGGAUGCCGUAGAGUCUAUACCUUGAACGCGUUUCUUGGGGAAACAGGGCCGGACGGAGGGAGCGGCAAUGCCGUAUACUUCAGCGCUUGGGUGUGGUUUCGACAGCGCGAAAUAGUGAAGUUGAAGAUGCCGGACAUGAAGAAGAGGCAGACGCAGGAAGCAGGUUCUAGCAAAGGCGGUUCAACUUCAAAUGCGGCGAAGACUACUACAUCGCUUCCCGAUAUUUCUAAUAUCGAAUUAGAUGGCGAGGAGACGGACGAUGUCAGCGUUUACGAUUCAUGCGAUGAGGUCCGCAAGAAGAUCAACGCGCAUCUAAGGACGACGGGAGUAACGAAGGCUCAGCUCUGCCGCGAUAUAUACGCGCAGCUCCACCAGCCCAAGAUCAAAGGCAUCCAGUCAAAGCAACUUGACGACUUUCUCCGCGGCAAGGGACCUAAGACGGGCGCUAAGAGCACGGUCUUUUAUGCGGCGUGGGUAUACUUCGAGAAGCUACGCAUCGCGGCCGGUAAACCAAAAUCCAAACACCGCAAAGAGAUGGAGGAGAUAUGGGCGUGGAGAGGUGGAUUCGACCGCACGACUGAUCAUAGGACAGUAUACAUAGGUAGUGCUUACUAAUGCCGUCUGGGGCUUAUUGAGUAUACGAUGGGUUGGUUUAUGUCAGUAAAGAUAUCUAAUCCGAAAGUUUUAUUCAUGUAUGAGAGGAUUUGGGGGAUUUCCAGGUAAAUUGCAAGAUAUUGUUGCUAAAACCCGUAAACUUUUAGG